AUGGCCCCCUCCUACGACAUCACCACGCGCGCCCAGGCCCUGACGCUCAAGAUCAACGGCUUCUCCAAUGCGGCGAUUACGGCGCAGACGGGCAUUUCGGCGCGUGGGGUGCAGGAUUUGUUUAAGCGGGCGCGGGAGCGUGGGUUUGAUCCUGCGCGGUCGAUGUGUGUGCGCAAGGAGUUUGUUGUUGAUGCGCCGCGGUCGGGGAGGCCGAGGAAGGGUGGUUGUGCUGGUGAGGGGGGGAAGGUUGGGGGUGGUGGUGGUGAUGAUGAUGGGGAUGGGGAUGCGGGGGUGGUGUUUGGUGGUGCUGGUGCUGGGCAGGAUCGGCGGGAUGAGGGGGUGUGUGGUUUGGUGGCGGAUCAUCAUCGUCGUCGUCAACAUCGUCAAUAUCAUCGGGAGGCUCAGGAGGAGUAUGGAGGUGGGGGAGUCAACAUGGACGGGGCUGUAGGCUUGGAUGGCUCUGUUUCUGUUUCUGUUUCUGUUUCUGGUUCUGUUUCUGUUGCGGAGGCGAUGCUUCAGGAGCAGCAGCAGCAGCAGCAGCAGCAUCCAGCGUUGAUGGGCGCACAGGGCGGUUUGCAUGGACAAGAACAACAACAAGAACAAGAUGGCGUGUCGUCGGGAGAGGAUGGCGAAGAGGAGCAGCAGCAGCAGCAGAUGAUGGUGGAUGGAGGGAAUAUUGAUCCGGCGCUUGGGAGGUAG